CUUCGGGAGCCUCCGCCCGUCCUCCGGGAAGAGCGCCGCCGGCGGACAUGGCUGCUGCACGGAGGGGAGCGAGGCCUCAGGUGUCGGUGACGUUUGAGGAUGUGGCUGUGCUCUUUACGCGGGAUGAGUGGAGAAAGCUGAGUCCUUCUCAGAGGAGCUUGUACCAGGAUGUGAUGCUGGAGAAUUACAGUAACCUGGUCUCAUUGGGACUCCCAUUUUCCAAACCCAAAGUGAUCUCCCUGUUGCAGCGAGGAGAAGAUCCCUGGAAGGUGGAGAGAGAAAUCACAGUGAAAAACCAUACUGGAGAGAAAUUAUUUAAAUGUAAAGAAUGUUUGAAAGCCUUUAGCCAAAGUUCAGCUCUUAUUCAACAUCAAAGAACUCAUACUGGAGAGAAGCCCUAUAUAUGUAAACAGUGUGGGAAAGCCUUCAGCCAUAGUGCAUCCCUUUGUAAACACCUAAGAACACAUACUGUGGAAAAAUCCUAUCGAUGUAAAGAAUGUGGCAAAUCCUUCGGCAGAAGGUCUGGCCUUUUUAUACAUCAAAAAAUCCAUGCUCGAGAAAAUCCCCAUAAGUAUAAUCCAGGUAGGAAAGCAUCUAGUUGCAGCACGUCCCUUUCUGGGUGUCAGAGACAUCAUUCCAGAAAGAAGUCCUAUUUAUGUAACGAAUGUGGCAACACCUUUAAGUCGAGCUCAUCCCUUCGUUAUCAUCAGAGAAUUCACACUGGAGAGAAACCUUUUAAAUGUAGUGAAUGUGGGAGAGCCUUCAGUCAGAGUGCCUCUCUCAUUCAACAUGAAAGAAUUCACACUGGAGAAAAGCCGUACAGAUGUAAUCAGUGUGGGAAAGGCUUCACUUCUGUUUCACGUCUUAAUAGACAUCAAAUAAUUCAUACUGGAGAGAAAUUAUAUAAUUGUAAUGAAUGUGGUAAAGCCUUAAGUUCCCACUCAACACUUAUUAUUCAUGAGAGGAUUCAUACUGGAGAGAAACCGUGUAAAUGUAAAGUGUGUGGGAAAGCCUUCAGACAGAGUUCAGCUCUCAUUCAACAUCAGAGAAUGCAUACCGGAGAAAGACCGUAUAAAUGUAAUGAGUGUGGGAAGACAUUCAGGUGUAACUCCUCCCUUAGUAAUCAUCAGAGAAUUCAUACUGGAGAGAAACCAUAUCGAUGUGAGGAAUGUGGGAUAUCUUUUGGCCAAAGUGCAGCUCUUAUUCAACAUCAAAGAAUUCAUACAGGAGAAAAACCCUUUAAAUGUCAUACGUGUGGGAAAACUUUUAGACAAAGCUCAUCACUUAUUGCCCAUCAGAGAAUUCAUACUGGAGAGAAACCCUAUGAAUGUAAUGCGUGUGGGAAACUCUUCAGCCAGAGGUCGUCCCUUACCAAUCAUUAUAAAAUUCAUACUGGAAAGAAAAUCUAUGAAUGUAAUCAAUGUGGAAAAACCUUCAGUCAGAGCUCAUCCCUUCUUAAGCACCAGAGGAUUCAUACUGGGGAGAAACCCUAUAAGUGUGAUAUAUGUGGGAAGCACUUCAUUGAACGCUCCUCCCUUACUGUACACCAAAGAAUUCACACUGGAGAGAAACCCUACAGAUGUAAUGAAUGUGGGAAAACCUUCAGUCAGAGCAUGAACCUAACUGUUCAUCAAAGAACUCAUACUGGAGAGAAACCCUAUCAGUGUAAAGAAUGUGGAAAAUCUUUCCGCAAGAAUUCAUCCCUUAUUCAACAUGAAAGGAUUCAUACUGGAGAGAAACCCUACAAAUGUAAUGAAUGUGGGAAAGCUUUUACCCAAAGCAUGAAUCUCACAGUGCAUCAAAGAACUCACACAGGAGAAAAACCCUAUGAAUGUAAUGAAUGUGGAAAAGCCUUCAGUCAGAGUAUGCAUCUUAUUGUCCAUCAGAGAAGUCACACUGGAGAAAAACCCUAUGAGUGUGGUGAAUGUGGAAAAGCCUUUAGUAAGAGCUCAACUCUUACCCUGCAUCAGCGAAAUCACACUGGAGAAAAGCCGUACAGAUGUAACAAAUGUGGAAAAUCCUUUAGCCAAAGUACAUAUUUAAUAGAACAUCAGAGACUUCAUUCUGGGGUAAAACCUUUUGAAUGUAAUCAGUGUGGGAAAGCUUUCAGUAAGAAUUCAUCUCUUACUCAACAUCGGAGGAUCCAUACUGGAGAGAAACCAUAUGAGUGUAUGGUAUGUGGAAAACAUUUCACUGGGCGAUCAUCCCUUACUGUACAUCAGGUUAUUCAUACUGGAGAGAAACCUUAUGAAUGCAAUGAAUGUGGAAAGGCCUUCAGCCAGAGCGCAUACCUUAUUGAGCAUCAAAGAAUUCAUACUGGUGAGAAACCCUAUGAAUGUGAUCGAUGUGGAAAAGCCUUCAUUAAGAAUUCAUCUCUUAUAGUGCAUCAGAGAACUCAUACAGGAGAGAAACCCUAUCAGUGUAAUAUGUGGAAAAGCCUUCAGUCGGAGUACAAACCUUACACGACAUCAGAGAACUCAUACGUGAGGAAAGUUUUCAUUGGACCCAUGAUUAACUCUUCAGUGAUAAUCAGAUAAAUCAUGUAAUGCAGAAACCUACUAAAUGUAAUGGUGUAGAAAUCUUUCAGUUCAAGUAUACCUUCCAGAUACUACAGACCAUCACAGAGAAACCAUAUCAAAGUGGAGAAAUCUUGAUUCUGAAAGUGAAACUCACUUUAUAUCAGAAAGUUUAAGUAGCUAAUGUUCUAAACGAGGAGGAUUCGCACUGAAGAUAAGCUCCGUUGUAGCAUGCUGCAGAUUCUCCUUUGGACGUCAGAGACUUCACACUGGACAGCAUGUGAGGGUGCUCAGCUGGACAGCCCAAAGACCUGGUACGUAGUCCUGACCUGCCACUCACUUGCACAAGUCACCUUUCACCAGGUCACAGUUUUCUUUUCUGGUAAAUGAGAGAUUUGAGACUUAGAAGGUCUCCAGGAUCCAUUUUAGCUGUAACAUGCUACAGACCUAUAAAUGUAAUGAAUGCUAGGAGAUCUUUGAUCUUUUACCAUGUUAUAUACAUUAUCUAGAUGCUCCUGUUCCACAGUCUGGUUUCCCUGGAUGUUCUGAGACAAAAUUCUCUACCUCUGCCAAAUCCUAUUAUCCCCCCGUCCCUCCCCCUCCCCCUGCAUUGUUAUUUUCUCCCCUAAAUAUAGGCUGGUUGCUACCAGGUGAUGGAACAAUUGUACAUAUCUUAAUGCAAUAGCAUGGUGUUCUGA